CAGGCACACGGACAGACACUUACACACGGACAGACACAAGCUGAGUUGAGCGGAUGAUGGAGGCACAACAAACAUCAACCUUUGUGUCGAUGCGUUCCAUCAAAACAAUGUCCAAGUUCGAGUUCGAGUUGGAGUCCGAGUCCGAGUCCGGGCCAUCGGAUCUGGAUGCGGAUCAGUUUUAUGGCUGGCAGCUGCUCUUCUACUCGAUACGUCGCAGUCUGCGCAAGAAGGCGGAUCUGCUGCUGGCCCUGGCCCACUUUCUGAUGACGAAGCAAUACCAUCUGCGGAGCGUGGACCCAGAGCGUGGACGGACACCCAUCCGCAUGGGUGGCAGCGAACUGCUGCCGGAGCACUGGAAUCGCGAUGCGCCCAACUAUCGGCUGCACUACGUGGACGAGCUGGAGCGGCAGUAUGUGCUGCUGGCUCGACUGACGCACCAGGAUCUGGUGCUCAAUCUGCAGAACUGGACCAGCAAGCGCAUGUCCAUCACAUGCCUGCAGCCGGAGCAUCUUGUGCAGUGUCUGCACGGGCCCGCACUCGGUCAGUGUAUACCCAAUGCCCAGCAGGUGAUGCAUCAUUUGCGUGUCUAUCUGGUGAAUCCCGUGGUGAGGGGCCAGCGCGUUGCCCAGCACCAGUGUCGGCUCUCGGCAAGUGGCAGCUCCAUGGACAUGAGGAGUGUGGAGUGAGGCAGUUUCAGUUUC